AUGUCAACAUCACCUGCUCUGUCAUCUCUACCAAGCAGUAAUGCUCAAUCUCCCCAAAGCCCUGAAGUCACCGAUGAGGAACUACAGCGAAUUUCCGUUCGCCAACUAAAUCAGCGACUACAGGGUCAUGAUCGACAAACGGUGACAAUGAUAAAGCAGAAAAGGCGAACGUUGAAAAAUCGCGGCUACGCUCUGAACUGCCGAGUACGCCGCAUUCAGAACCAGCUGCAGUUGGAAGCAGAUAACAUACAACUGAGAGACCAGGUAAGCGUUAACCGCGACGUGUUGCUACCCUUUCAGCAGAUGGGGAAGGGAGAGGGAGAAGGGAAGUGGCAAAAAUUUUUCUAA